AUGGAACACAUCGUCUUCGCCCACGACCUCACCAAGGCCGAUCGCGUGGUCUUGGAGACGUUGGCGACCGACUACAGCGACCAUUUGAAGGCGAAAGAGAAGGACGUCCCGGAUUCAGCGUAUGCGUCGGCGUCGGAUGGGGAGACUACACGGACAACAGGGACGAAUACAGAUGGCACAAAGGGCGGUGUAAACAAGGACAAAAACAAGGACAGUUCAGCCACCCGCACUUCAGAAGCCAUCUCCCACCUCUCCUCCCUCAACGACCCCAAAUCCCCCUCCUUCGAACCCUCCAUAACCAACUUCUUCGACCUCGCCGACCUGCAAUCCUUCAAAUGGCUCCCUCCCUCCCUCCUCUCCGCCUACAGGCAAUGGGCUUCCUCCCUCAUCCGCACGCCAACCGACAUCCUAAUGAUCACCCACCUCUUAAUCUACUUUUCCACCACCGUCCCCUCCGCCUUUUAUCUCCUCUUCGUCCGCUUCUCCUGGCCGCACGCCAUCCUCCACGCCGUUCUAAACGGCUGGUACGUGGGUACUUACACGCUGAUGAUGCACCAGCACAUUCACAUGCGGGGGAUCUUGACGAAAGAUAAAUGGUGGACGAGGGUUUUCGAUGCCGUGUUUCCGUAUGUCUUGGAUCCGCUGAUGGGACAUACCUGGAACUCGUACUACUAUCAUCAUGUCAAGCACCACCACGUCGAAGGAAACGGGCCGGAUGAUUUAUCUUCUACGAUUCGGUACCAGCGGGACGAGCUGAGCGAGUUUGCGAAGUACGUCGGCCGGUUCUAUUUCCUAGUGUGGCUGGAUUUGCCGCUGUAUUUUGUCCGCAAGGGACGGUACGAGCAAGCGGCUAAGGCGGCGUUUUGGGAGUAUGGUAGCUAUGCGAUGUUGGCUACUAUGUGGAAGUUUGCGCCUGGUGGUGGCAAAGCGGUUUUCUGGACGCUGGUGUUGCCGUUGAUGGUGCUGAGGGUCGGGUUGAUGGUGGGGAAUUGGGGACAGCAUGCGUUUGUUGAUGAUGAGGAGCCGGAGAGCGAUUAUAGGAGUUCGGUGACGCUGGUGGAUGUUGCUUCCAACCGCCACUGCUACAACGACGGCUACCACACCUCUCACCACCUCAACCCCCUUCGCCACUGGCGCGAACACCCCGUUGCCUUCCUCAAGGGCAAGGAGACCUACGCGGCCAACAACGCGCUGGUGUUCCAUAAUAUCGAUUACAUCAUGAUUACCGUCAGGUUGAUGAUGAAGGAUUACAUGACGCUGGCCAAGUGUAUGGUGCCGAUUGGCGAGUUCCAGAUGAACAUGACGCUGGAGGAGAGGGCGGCGUAUUUGAGGAGGCAUACAAGGCGGUUUAGCGAGGAGGAGAUUAAGGAGAAGUUUGGGAAGAAGGCCAACUGA